CGUGCGCAUGCGCCGCCAGCGCGGCGCGGAGUGGUGGAGCCGUUGGGAAGUGCACGAGCCGGGUGGGCGUGAAUUGGCGGCGGACGCUGGCGUCAGUUGACGCCGCAAGUUGAUGGGAUUCGCCGGGAGGCCUCAAGCAGCACUGCAGAAUAUCCUGUUCAUUAGUCUUUGACAGUGCCACUGUGGAAGCAGUUGAAUAGAAAUGUCACCAGAAGUUGCCUUGAAUAGAAUUUCUCCUGCACUUCGUCCCUUUAUCUCCAAUGUGGUUAGAAAUGGGAAAAUUGGUUUGGAUGCUACAAACAAUCUUAAAAUAACUGAUCUUAAAUCAGGAUGCACAUCAUUAACACCUGGACCCUGUUGUGACCGGUUUAAGCUGCACAUUCCAUAUGCUGGAGAGACGCUAAAAUGGGACAUUAUUUUCAACUGUCAUUAUCCAGACCUUCCUCCAGAUUUCAUCUUUGGAGAAGAUAUUGAUUUUCUGCCUGAACCUGCGAUGCUCCAUCAUCUGAAUGGCUGGAACUCCCAGAAUCCAGACUGUCUUCUGCUUGUUAUUAAAGAACUGGUACAGCAGUACCACAAAUACCAGUGUGAUCGACUCCAUGAGAGCUCACGUCUUAUGUUUGAAUACACAGCACUGCAAGAGGGACCUGAAUUCGGAGACAAUAUGGAAAUCUAUGCAGGGAGAAAGAAUAAUUGGACAGGUGAAUUCUCUGCCCGCUUCCUUUUGAAACUGCCAGUGGAUUUCAGCAAUAUCCCAACGUACCUUCUCAAGGAUACAAUAAUAGACCCAGGAGAAGACGUUGCUCUUCUGUCUGUCAGUUUUGAGGAUGCUGAAGCCACUCAAGUGUUUCCUAAACUAUACCUCUCUCCAAGGAUUGAACAUGCACUUGGUGGGACAUCUGCACUUCACAUCCCACCGUUCCCCAGUGGAGGCUGUCUCAUUGAUUAUGUACCCCAAGUUUGUCAGUUACUCACCAAUAAGGUGCAGUACAUCAUUCAAGGCUACCAUAGAAGACGAGAGUACAUCGCAGCCUUUCUGAGUCACUUUGGAACUGGUGUUGUGGAGUAUGAUGCUGAAGGAUUUACCAAGCUUACAUUAUUAUUAAUAUGGAAGGACUUCUGCUUUUUAGUUCAUAGGAAUGCUUCCUCCAUGAUUCCCUUGUCCAUUCAUCCGUACCCACUAAUCUCCGUCUUGGUACUUAAUCUUGCAGGAGGAAGAAGUGUUGUCCAUUCACCUCCUCCUCGUCUCCUUUCAGGGCUUCAAACAGUCCUUCCAGUUGAUUUGCCCCUAUAUUUUCCACGGGAUCAACCCACUUUGACCUUCCAGUCAGUGUACCAUUUUACCAGCAGUGGACAACUCUACCAACAGAUACAAAAAUCUUACCCUUACAGUCCACGCUGGGAUGGCAAUGAGAUGGCCAAGAGAGCAAAGGCUUACUUCAAAACCUAUGUUCCUCAGUUCCAGGAGGCAGCUUUCGCUAACGGGAAGUUAUAGUUGACAUCUGGUUCUAGAAGAAAGCCAAUCGAACAGUUGCAUUUGUUUAUUUUAGGACGUCAUUUGGAUUUUAUUCAAUCUUCCUCGAAUGCUCAAGUGUAACUGUAAGAACAUUGAUUUCCAUUUGGCUGCAGAUCAUUGGCGUGCCUAUACUAUAUCCUAUACACAAAAAGGUCUCUUAUGUUGUUCAGCCAGUUAAAGUCUGUAUUACUUACAACAUAAAAUGUUUCAAGUUGAUGAGAAAAAAUGUUCCAAGAUACAAUAAAUGCUCAUUGAAAAGUUUGAAUGAUGUAUGAUGCUGUGAAAAUUAAAAUGUAGAAAAUGCAA